AUGUAUUCCUCAACGUCAGGCCAAGCGCCAAGCCAGGUUUUCCGGUCAAAUAAGCGGCGAAAAGUUGUUCCUAUGAUUGAUUCCAACAUGAUCGAGCCACUAAAACGUUUUCCGGAUAUCCUCACUGAUAUGAAUAGCGAUGACCCUGUCAUCCGAUCUCGUGCGGCCGCACAGCUUACAGUAUUAUCUCCUUUGAUGCAACAACUCGCCUUUGCAAAGAACCCCGUCGGCGUCCAUUAUGCUGCAAGGGAUUUCAAAACCCUCGAAGAGGCCUGCACUAUUUUAGAGAUCACACAUAAUCCGAUGGAUCUUUGGAAUAGGCAAGAUAUCGAUAACUCUCCCUCAGCUAACCUCUCCCCUGAUGUGGACAAUGUUAUUCACCAACUCCAAGUCUCUCAAUACCACACAAUCAAUAACUCGGAAGCUUCUGUACGCGUCGUUGUCGAGCUACUUAUUCUUGACCGGCUUCAUCAUCUUUCUGACAAAGGGUCGCUUGAACAUCUUCAUCUCUAUCCGGAGGUGGAUGUCAAUCUUUUACGUGGAAAUACGUACAUCACUGGCCGUGCCGAUUGGCUCCUUUGCCAUGAUGACCCCCAAUACGGUAUUGAUUCGGCGUUGAUUGCUGUAGAGGCUAAGCGGAGUUGCGAGUUACUCUCUGCCGACCGUCAAAUAGCUACCUAUCUCGCAGCUAUACAGGACUGUCGGACUAAAAUCAAAAAGAUCCAUGCUAUUGCUUUCGGAAUCACGACUGACAGUACUAGAUAUAUGUUCUGGUUUAUGGACUCGGAACGGCGGCUCUUUUCUUCUGUGAUUUUCGAUUGGCGUCUUGAUAAGGCCAAAAUUAUCAUGUGGCUCGAUAAAAUGCUCGCCGAGGCGAUUGCGGCCUCCCCACUAACAACGCCAACUCUACGACGGAAUGUCUCUCUACGUAACUGGGAGAAAGACUUUCGACGGCGUCAGCUUUUGAGUUCUGGAUCAGACGAUUCAAUUGUAACUGAGGGACUUCCGUUCGAUAUCAGUGUUCCAGACUCGGGCCAGCUUAUCGGGCCUGCAUGGUACCAAGGACGAAAGGUCAUGGUCAUCGAAUAUGAUGAAGAGGACGAAGAGAAUUGUGCUGUUGAGGAUUGA